AAGCAUCAUUUGUUGAUAAGAAAAUGUGAUAAAAAUUUCAGUGAAAAAAAUCUGUGAUCAAGAAAAAUGGAAUUAGAUUGGGAUUUAAGAAGGCAAUCGACAUUAGAUGAAGCCAGUGAAGCUAAUAAGGCUGAAAAUGAUAAGAAGGAUAAGGAAGUAAAGCUGAGAAAGAUAUUCGAAAAGGUUUUUUGUGGUGAUCAUACUAUUUGUCAAAUUAAAGGACGACGUAAAACUGGAAAGUCUAUACUUGCUAUGGAGAUUAUUAUCCAAAAUCUAAUGAACAAUCCAGACAAUGAGGCUCUAUUCAUUAAUACAUAUGGAAAUUUCAAUUCAAGAAAGUUUUCUGAUCUUUGCGAGACAUACAUAAAGGCUGAUGACGAAAAGGAUGUAAAAGAGACAGUAAUCAAAUUGAUGAAGCGAUUAAGAGUAAUCCAUAUAGAAAAUGAAAGCAAUUUCCAUGAUUAUAUGUCAUGUCUUGAAGCUAUGAUUCUUGGAUUCUCAAAAUUGUCUCUAAUCGUUAUUGAUUCCUUUUCCUUUUAUUUCCACGAAGCAUUUGUAUUUGAAAAAGUUUAUGAAAAGCCAUUGACAAGAGAAAUGUUCCUUAAUUAUUAUUUAAACAUCUUUGAUGAUCUCGUUAAGAAAUACAACGUUUCAAUCAUUUAUACAUUGCCACAGCAUUUAGUUAAGCAAUAUACAAAUUCGAGAGAUUAUGUUGAAGGAGAAACUGAAGCUAAGGAGCGUAAAAUUUAUGAGCACAUAAAAAUGACAGCUAUAAAUAACUCGGAACAUAGAUUUCCUAUUAUAGCAGAUGCAGCUCCAAAAGAUGCGUUCAAAUCAAAUGUUAAGAAUCGUAAUCAAGAGAAAUUUGUUAAAGAUCUAUCCCAACCUGAUCCAUGCUCAACAAAGUGCUUAAAUACUCAAUUCGUACAUGAUAUAAUACCAGAAAUAAAAAUUAACGAAUCUCCAGAAUUAGGCAUUAACGAACAACAAGAACCGGUUAAAACCGGUCAAAGUAGCGAUAAUCAAUCAAACAUGCACGAAUUCCGUGAUAUAAAUAAUGAAUCAAGUGAUAGCUUAUCAGAUGCCAACAGUGAGAAGAGUGGCGAGGGAUACAAGUCAGACACCGGAACAACAGAGUCGAGUGUAGCCAGUCAAAAAUUAUCAGAAAAGAUAAUAGCAACAAUGUAUAGAUCAACUAAGCCUGAUGUGACAUUGAAACUAUUAAAUGUAUCACCCAACUUGUUCAUGAUGCAGAUAACAACAGAAAAUCAGCAGAAUCACGGCGUGUAUUUUAAUAUUACUGAAAAUGGAAUAAUAUGGGAGAUAACUCCUGCAGAGAAUUAACUAUAAUUAGUGAUACGAAAAAUGAAUUCCAAAAAAAUGAAUAGAAAUUAAUUUUUCAUAUAUUUUCUCGAAAAAGAAGGGCCCCACGUAGCUAGCUCACUCAUCGUUGUACGGCACAUGACAUCAGAAUUUCUAUUGUUAUUUUCUAUUUGUACGCCUUACAAUCAACAUAAAAUAAAAAUAUCAAAUAUACUAUUAGAAAAGAAACGGAAGGAAAGAAGUUUAAUAAAAAAAUUAUAAAGCUGGUCGGGAAAGGCAAUCGCGGUGAGUUGUUUUCUAAGUAUUUAAUUUUAUUUGUGAAUGAAAAGUUUCUGUGAAUCAUUUUUCUGAUAAAUAAAAAGUCUAGAAAUGCUCAAUUGCUGUUCAUGGGGAAUUGUCGAGUCUGGGACUUAAGAACAUGUCCAAAAAUUCAAGUAUUUAAUUACAAGCAUAAAAGAGUCGUCUCGAGAUUGUGCCAAUUGAUGAUUUCAAAAUAGACUGACUGAUUAAUGCAACCCUGAGUGAUAUCUUAGUGGGUUGCCAUUGAUAACAGUCUAAAAAAAAUUUUAGAAUCACUGUUUCGGCUCGUGCAACAUGUCUGGGAAAAUAGAAUCAUCUAGUCGUUCACUCGUUGUUAAUUGCAAGCCAGAAUUUGACUUUUACACACCUUAUCUUAUCGCAUGAUCAUCCGUCUGAUGACAAAAUUCACGAAAAAACCAGUAAAGAGUUAUGAGAAAUAAGUGUCUAAAGUCUAUUACCGAAAAAAAACAAGUUUUAAUUGUAUCUUUUUGUGGACGAGGAAGGUAAAUACGAAAAAAUUAUUAUCAACACUUUUUUUCGUUGCUUGCGAUAACAAGCCAGACAUUCAUGCACGUUCAAUCAAUAAAUUGAUAAGAACAAUUUACAGUGUUAUUCCUUGCU